CAUCCUGCUCUGCUUCGGUGCAGUUUUUUUUUCUCCUCAGCAGAGAGAGAAGAGUUGGAGAACCCGGCUCCAACUGAACAACACUCCUGCCUGCUGAAUGCACCCAACCUAACAAGAGGAAACACCGAAAACAACUCGUUUUCAGCGCACAGUCGACUCAGUAACAGCUUGUAGGGGAUACAAUGUGAAGAUCUUCGCUUGUCACGGUGUUGGAGAAGUGAGCAGUAAACCGGGAAAGAUGGCGAGGACUCAGACUCGCAUGUUGCUCGCUUUGGCUCUGCUGGGAAUUUUCUUCCUCGAUGUGUCGGUGAAAGGAGAGCAGCAGCAGGAGGAGGAGGAGGAGGAGAGAUCAUGUCAGGGUGCCUUCGACCUCUAUUUUGUCCUCGACAAAUCUGGAAGUGUGAAGCAUCACUGGAUAGAGAUUUACUCCUUUGUGCAGCAGCUGGCGGAGAAGUUUAUCAGCCCCAUGCUGCGAAUGUCCUUCAUUGUCUUCUCCACACGAGGGACGAUCAUCAUGAAACUGACUGAAAACAGAGAGGCCAUUGAUGGAGGCUUAAGGGCUCUGAGUCGAGUGAUCCCUGGAGGAGACACGUUUAUGAACUUAGGGCUGGAGAUGGCUAACGCACAGAUACAUCAAGAGAAGCAUGGGACAGCCAGUGUUAUCAUCGCUCUGACCGAUGGAGAGCUGAACGAGUGGCAGUUUGACACCGCUCAGAGAGAGGCACAGAGGGCCAGGUCCAUGGGGGCCAUUGUUUACUGUGUAGGGGUGAAAGAGUUCAACCAGACUCAGCUUGCAACCAUUGCAGACACUGUGGAGCAUGUGUUUCCAGUAUGGGGAGGCUUCCAAGCCCUCAGGGGGAUCAUUGACUCGAUUAUCAAGAAGUCCUGCAUUGAGAUUCUUGCAGCAGAACCGUCCAGCGUGUGUGCAGGAGAGAGUUUCCAGGUGGUGGUGAGAGGCAAUGGGUUCCUGCAUGCAAGAAACACCGACCAGGUCCUCUGCAGCUUCAAGCUGAAUGAUACACACUCUGUGGAUGAGAGACCAGCUGAAAUACAUGACACCCUCCUGCUCUGUCCUGCUCCCGUCAUAGAGGAGGUUGGAAGGGUGAUCUACCUGCAGGUGAGCAUGAAUGAAGGCCUCUCCUACAUCACCAGCUCAGUUCACAUCACCACGACUGAAUGUUUUGACGGCACCAUUGUGCUAAUAUCGUUGCUGGUGGUGUUCCUGCUGUUGGCUCUGCUGAUGAUGUGGUGGUUCUGGCCUCUCUGCUGCACUGUGGUGAUCAAAGAACCUCCUCCACCUCCUCCUCCGGAACCAGAAUCCGAUGAUGAAGAUGGGAUGCCAAAGAAAAGGUGGCCCACAGUGGAUGCAUCUUACUACGGAGGAAGAGGAGUGGGAGGCAUCAAGCGCAUGGAGGUGCGAUGGGGUGAGAAAGGCUCCACUGAAGAGGGUGCCAAGCUUGACAAACCUAAGAAUGCAGUUGUAAAGAUGCCAGAGCAGGAAUUUGAACCGUAUGAGCCAAAGCCACGGAAGCACCCCCGCCGACCCCCACAGCAGAGGAGGUGGUACACACCCAUCCAGGGGAAGCUUGAUGCUCUGUGGGCUCUGUUCAGGAGAGGUUAUGACCAGGUGUCUCUGAUGAGACCGCAGCCUGGAGACGAGGGUCGCUGUAUCAGUUUCCAGCGGGUCAAAGAUGCAGAGUCCGCCUCAAACAACCGGCCUCCUCCUCCUCCUCGCACGCACCACUCACCCUCCCCGCCCCCGCCUCCUCCUCCUCUUCACAUGGAAGAGCAACCCCUGGUAUCCAACUCUGUCCCCCGUACGAAGCCGCCAUCAAGAGGGCCUCGCACUACACCACCCGCACGCACACCCCCUGCUGUUCUCCAACCCCCUCCUGGUCCACCACCUUCUCGUAUGCCACCAGGACCGCCGCCAUCUCGACCCCCACCCAGGCUCUGAUGAUGAGGAGAAGGCUGAAAACAUCCACCUUCUCCACAUGAAAAAGUCUUCCUUUAAGACUCAGCCAGCAGAGAGACAUCAUAUCUGUUGAAGGCAGGAGCUGUUAUCUGGAGCUCUGUGCUUUGUUGCUGGACAGCAAAAGUAUUUAUCUGAUUUUAUAGGAAACACAGCAUGUAGUUACCUACGCCUGAAGCCUGUAUGUACAGUUAGAUGUGGUGUUUUCUGAGGUAAGAGUAAGUGCAACCCUUUCUGGGACUUUAACCAAAGGGAUGGAUGUGUUGUUGGGAGUUAGAUUGUGACAGAUUAAACGUUGUGUUUACUUUGUGUUGGUGGAGAGUAAUCAUGUUGAGGGAGGAUGUGGUGAGCAAUAAGGCUGCAAGUGAAAGAUGAGAGCAGUCUUGGUCAUGUUUGUGCUGUUUUUUAAAUAUCUUAGGUUUCCACAAAUCACAGUGAUGCAUAGUUUCACCUUUUCAACCAAAGAAACUUUUUUACAUUCUAGUUCAAAGUUUAGUAAGAAGUACAGCGACCUUUUGUGACUGCAGGGCAGUUUCUCCAUACUUUAUUUAUUUUAAUACAAGCCCUUCCUGCAUCUGUCUUCUAUUUAGCAUCAGGUGGGUUUCUGGGGUUUUCAUCCUUACAGGAGGGCAAUAUGAAGGUGGAUCUGAGGGAGCUUUCUGGCAUGUCUGGUCUGAUGUAUUUGAGGUCCUUUGGCACCUUCUGGUGGAGGAUUGUUAACAAACAUUUUGUAUCUCUGGGGUUCUCCUGUACUCUGCAUUUACUGACUGAAAUGAUCAUUUGCAUUAUUUCUUUAUUAACAACCUUUUUUUUUUUCCAAUAAACGAAAUGUUUUUUUA